AUGGGAUCUACAUUUAAUAGGAUUUUUUUCUACAACGCCAAAACUGCACGCUCUGGAAUUCCCCGAUUGCUGCCACACAGAGACUUCGCUUUGAAAAUCGGUGUUUUUAUCUGGGAGAAAAGUUUCAGUCUCGCGAGGCAGAUGGCAUAUCCAACAAGGGAUGUGUAUAAGAAUGUUGCGAUGAUUCGGGAAAUGUCAACGAAAGAUGAUUUCUCUGGGGGUGUGUCAGAGUUCUACGACAAGUGGGCUGAGCACUAUGAUGAGGACUUGGAAAGGGCAAAGUAUGGAGGUCCGGUGGCAUGCGCAGAGGCUUUAUGCAAACUGAUGUCUGACAAGAACGCCCUCAUUGUGGACAUUGGCGCCGGUACAGGAAGAUCGGGUCAAGAGUUGGCCAAAUGUGGUUUUAAAAGAAUUGAUGCUGUGGACUUCUCCCAAAAGAGUUUGGACAUUAGUACCUCAAAAGGAGUCUAUGAGAGGCUAAUCUGUGACAGUGUUGGCAAAAACAAGCUGAAAGGAGUCACGGAUGGUUAUUACAGCGGUUUGCUGUGUGUUGGUGCCAUAGCUGCUGGACACAUAUCACAGGACGCUUUUCCUGAAUUUACACGGAUAGUUAAAAAGGGGGGAAUCAUGGUCUUCACAGUCAGCAAGGUUACAUUACCCACAGAUGGACAAAUUCAAAAGAAGAUUAUCCAAGGGAUCCAAGAUGCUAUUAAUGACCUCGUACGGACAGGAGUUUGGGAAGUGGUUGAGAAGACUAGCAUCACAUACCUGCAUGAUAAUGAGGCUGACAGGUUCAUAAUAAGACGUCUUUAAAAUGGAAGAAAAAAUAAGCUCUCUUAGGUAUAACAGUGAUCGUUCCAUCAAUUAAUCUAUUAAUUGAUUCAUUUACACUGUUUAACACCAGAUUAUCUGCUCAUUAUUAUGAGUGUUAAAACCUUGAGCUGGAAAUAGCACCCCACCCCC